AUCUCAUUGCCUCCUGGGUUCUAACGCGUGGGCUCUUGUUUUUAGCUUCGUCAAAGUCGAAGGGGCCGUGGAGACCAGCGGACCAGGCCCGGAGUCACGCGAGAGAUCGAGCAAACUGAACACCUCGAGCGGCUCACUUGACCCAACUCCAUGAUCAUGGCAUGAGUGAAGCACGUGCCAAGUCCAUGAAAAUGAGACACCAGAUGGCAAAGUUCUACUUUGCUGUGCCAAAUGAAAUGUGCAGUCGUCCUUGAUACUCCCUGGACAGCUACCGGCCAAUCGGACUCAGCUCUAAAGUCAGGCGCGUGCCUUCGCUCGUUACUACCCAGGCAGUGGUCAGGCGUCGCUGCCUUAUGAGCAAUUUCCAACGCAACUGCUUCAGGAAUACGGAAGCACAGCAAUCGCGGGUUCACUUGAAAGGUACCUGGUAGAUUGAGCUUGCUCUCCGACUCAUUUCAUUUCCAGCUUCGCAUGUCAAUGACAGAGCACAGUAUUUUCUGCAAUCAUCACCAACUUCCAGCACCAAGCCCACUUCACAAUUAACAUCGACACUUUCACCCCCAAAAUGCCGAUGCCCAAGGCCUUCCUCGACGACUUCCCACGAGAGAUUCGGGACGAGAUCUACAACGUGCCCAUCAAGAAAGGCCAAUCUCCUGACGCACUCUACCAUGACACCUGCAUCGUGAUGAGAGGUGAUAUCUUCUCAGGCUACUCUGGCCCAGGUGACAGAUUCCGCGACAUGGGUUACGCCGACUGGAAAUACCGGCUCAUCGGUAGACAAAUCGACGAGGAGUUCACAGCAUGCAUGUCGAGAUUCGUGCCGCUCCAUCUACAAGGAUUCCUUGAGAGAAGCGGGAGCGAGUAUGAUUUCGAAAAGGGCUCGCUGGACAAGAUCUUGCCGGUGGAAGGCAAGCCGAUCAAAAUUUACCAAAGGUGGCAUGGACCGGAAAAGUCGAAGGGAAUUUUCAUCAAGGCGAAUCUUACGGCUCCGCAGCCCGAGCCCGUUGAGGAGUCUCAGUUCCGAGAUGAUGGUAUAGAUCAUUUCGAUCCAUCGUUGGAUUGGGAUUGGGGAGAGCUCGCAAACUCGCCACCCACUGAUCCUUCGCCGGAGGUUGAGGACGAGAUAGCACAACGUCAGAGCGAAGAAAACGCUCCUGGGUCAAAUGAUGAUGGAGGUGCAGCUCACAGCUCAGAGAGCUUAGAUACCACCACGACUCCUGCCUCCGCCGGCCAGAAUCCAGUCUUCGACGGCUCUUCGCCUGAUGAGCUAGAGCCUACGCCGUCAAGUGAUCCCAGUAAUCCCAGUGAUCACUGGGGUCACUGGCCUAGUGAUCCGCCGCUAGAGGUUCUUCAGUUCUCCACAGAAGGAUUGAAGGAAUUUUGCCGGCGAAUAUCGCUUCUCGACAAGACGCAAGAUCUGGUUAUCGAACUUCACACCAGCGAUUGGAAUUGGUCGCCAAGCGACCAGUCUGAAGCACUUUUCCAGGCUCGCAAAACGGUUCUCGACGCAAAGGUGACGAGCAUCGAGAGUAUUCCGCACUGGCACCGCUACUGCGUGCAAGUCGGCGACCUCGCCGUCUUCGCCAGCCGUAGGGUUGGAAAUUCAGUCACGGGGUCACCGGUUUAUCGUGUCACGUCAGAGACGAAUGAAGAUUGGCGAACUGAUGCGCAAUACCGCAAACUGGUCAGCGACCUCAGGAUCGAUUAUCAAACCGUCGAUUGACGGGGCUGAGCGAUGAUCAGAUGGUGCUGCGAGCGGGUGGACGCGUCCGGGGGAUCUUUACCCUGCGCCUUGAGCACGCCAGCUCUUCGGCAGCACGACUGAGGGCUUGGCAGAUGAAGCGUUGA